UGCUCCUCAUUCCCCUCUUCUCUCUCGUCUUCAGUCCCGCUUCUCUCCUCUCCUCUCCUCUCCUCUCGUCCCCGUCCGCUUCCACAGAUUCUGCAUGACAAUUCAUUCAAUCUUGUGCUCCAUGCUGUGGAGGGUUUGAUCGAGGGUGAACAUCCAGUCUGAUCGAGUCCGAUCGAUCGAGAAGGCAUUUCUUGUUGUGAGCAAUCCUCCAGUUCUGGUUACUAGAGGAUCCGAACUCGAGAGGAGCAUAAUGGCUGACGAGCCGCUUCCGGAGAUGCACUGGUGGUGUUGCGAGUGUAACUCCACCAAUUCGAGCCCAGACCACGAUCAUCUUGUGUGUCACAACGCGAAUUGCCGACAUUAUUUAUGUCCGGACUGUUUCCAUCCAAAGCAAGCUGGAGCGUCGAGCUCCAAGAAAACCAAGGACACGUACGUGUACACCAAUAGUGAUGCGGAUUAUACGUACACAAUCACCGUCAAGAAAAACAAUGCCGCCCCUAUGGUCGCCGACACCCAUUUCCAGGAGCACAAGAUAAAGCGCAAGAGAAUGGAGGCUCUGAAGAUUGCAAAUAAGCUCUUCGGGAACUACGUUCGUAAGACGAAGCUCGGGAAGAUGUUCCUCAGUGUAUGGAGCUUCAUGCACAGACGCAAGAAAAAAACCCUCCAAAUUGAGGGACAGUGAGUUCAGAAUCCGCCGGACAGUUCUUAGUAGAGGUUUUUAGUGAUUUUAGAUUUUACCUUUAUGCAUGCAGUAUUUCCUCCCGUGUGGUGAUCAGCUGGUAGAUAAGCUUUGGAAGACCAGAAUGCUGCGAAUCCUCUUCAAACGAAGAGCAAAGGUUGAGCCCACCCACUCAUCCCACCAGCUGGAGAUUCCGAUGGGUUUGGUUUGUGUGCUGUAGAUUACGUGAUCAACAGACCCUGCCUGGUUUCUACCCCUGCACUUGAAUUUACCAUGAAUCAGAUUCGUCCAAGAGUCACUGCGUGUCUUUUAUAAUAUUUUCCUUUUGUCUGCAAUGCGGGAGUUCUUGGCUUUAGGCCAUUUGUGAUCUUUCACCAAUGGCAUCAAAGUUUUGAAAACGACUUGUAAAAUUGCUUCGUUCUAUGUGAUUCUCCCUUCUAUU